GCGAGCAACGAAGAGUUGAGUUUGUUUUUUUUAAUCCGUUCAACGGGGAAUUUAACUUUUCUGAAAAGUUGUCAUUCUUCAAAAACAAGCGGUUUAUUACUGGGUAGUUUCCGGAUUACGUGUUCACAUUCGUUUAAUCUGAAAGAGUUGCAUAUGAAGAGGGUAUCCCAGUUUCUUAGACAUUCUGUAAAUGGCUCCAGCCCUGACUGAAACAGCUACUGAUGGACAUGGGGUCCACCUGUCAUCUCCACUACCUUCCAGUGCCAUUGAACCAGACACAGCUAUCCUUGGGAAAGAAUCAGGAGCAUCCCAGCAGAAACUGAUGGGGAACAGUGACGCACAAUCUGCCUGGCUCAAGCUGACUUACCCACACUCUCCUAAUGGUUCCAGUGAUGAUGUAAUGGGUUUAGAGCACACACCUUUUGGAUCCCCUUUAACUCAAGCCUCGGGACAUUAUAAAACUGUUGUACUAGCUAGCACCAACUCUCUGUUAAAUCUGCUUUCCCUAAACAAGAACCAGAAUGGGGGUAAACAUUCAAUCAUGAUGUGUCCAAGAGGUUCUUGCAAAGACUUCUCUGAUCAUCCAAAUGUUUUUUUUGUUUCAGUUCCAGAUAUUAAACGUAAAGUUGUUCCAAAAGUUUGUGAGAAAACGGGCCCCAAUUUUAGGCAGGAAAGUGUGCCAGAUGGUGACGCUGUGAUGAAUUCUUCUCAAACGACAAACUGCAGGCACAGCGUAAGUGAAUCUAAUGCUUCAGCCAAGGGCCCAAUUACAUUCUUGACGCCAACCAAAAUAAACGGGUCAUUGGGGAGAGCACCGGCAUCGCAUGGCAGUGCUUUCAAAGUGGGAAGCAGUGCCAAGCAGUGGGGUUCAGAUGAAGCAAGAGAUCUGUUACUUACCAAUUGCACAGCUGUGAAAGAAACUGGGAUGAACAGCCAGCUGUUUCGGUGCCUCACCAAGCACCAAACUCUUGUGAAUCAGGCAAAUAAGAUACAAAAACGCUUACAGAUUCUGCUAGGGGAGCAUGCUGCAGAACACUGCAGUAACCAGAUUGGGGGGCUGGUAGAUCAUCAUCUCCGAUCAAAAGCCUUCCGCAGCUCAGCUGGGACCGGGUCCACUUGUAGCCCUUUAGUAAACAACUCCUUUGAUCAUUCUGAAGUGGAGCAGGGUCCUUUCAAAAGCAAUCAAAAUGGUUCCAUGCCAACAAGCUGUACUUUAGAAGUCCAGGAGUUUGCCUGCUCAGUUAAAGCAGUGCUCUCCCGGGUUGAAGAGACUCUGGACUCUGAUGCCACUGGCAGCAGUUCGGAUGAGGAAUGGGACCAAGAAUUAGCACCGGGGAAAAGAAAUUUGCCAGUUAAUCACACUUGUGAAUGGAGAUGGCUCUCAGAACGAGCAGAAAUUGGCAGCCGUUGGACAUGGCUUCAAGCCAGAAUAUCUGAUCUUGAAUAUAAGAUCCAACAGCUUAGUGACCUCCACACACACAUACACUCCACAAAGGGGAGAGUAAUCCUGGAAGAUUCCCAGCCCUUAAGUGACAGGCUGAUUCAGCAGAUGCUAUUGACAGAAACUGCAGGUCUAUUGAACACUGCCAGAGAUAAUACAACCCCUGCAGAGAAAGAGGAUUUUUCCUUAGAACAUGAUUUUGAAAUGGAACCAAGCAGCCCUACUCACCUCCUCAGAAAUAUAGAGAGACAGAGUGCCCAGCUUACAGAAAUAGUCAGCAGUUUGGUACCACCUCUCAGUUUCUCCCCCUCUUCCUCUCCUGUCUCAUCAAAACCGUGCAGUUGGAAAGGACAGUCAAAAAGCAAAGCAGAAAGCAGAGAUGUGUUUUCUAAAAUAAUUAGCUGUGUCUCUGGCCAGCACAGUAUUAAAAAGCGCAGAGUUAGUAAAAGAAAACAGAAAGUUCCCCAUAUAAACAGCACAUGUGUGUCAGCCAGAACAAGACCCCUUCGGACUUACCAGAAACACAGACUCUUCACUUUAGACUCUGCUUGCCAGUUUGGUGAAAAGGCGCAGUUACCUCCAGCUGCCCCAUGUCAAUGUAACAGUCACUAUGAUCACCACUGUGAGUCCGUAAGAAUGACAAAAACGGAGCAGAUGGGACUGCUGGAAUCAUCCUUUCACCCUGUACUGUCAGUAUCGUCAGAUGUUCCUCUUCCUCUCCAUCUGCACACAUUACUGCAUCAGGAGGAUUGGGUGAAGAGGCCAAUUCCACCAACAGAGGAUGUCAAAGCUCCUGUCUUUACCAGCGGUGGAAGUGAGAUGCCUGCUUUCACAACAUUGAUUGAUGAAGAAGCUUUCCUAUCCCGACUGAUGAAGCCUCCCUUUCACCUGCCUCGCUAUCCAGAAGAGAGUGCUUCUCAUAUCAUAACAUCCAAAUCCACACUGUCCCAUAAACAACCCACACAGAACCUUGCAAGGAGACCCCUUCGAAGUGAGUGCUUCUAUGACAUUGACAAUAUUGUGAUUCCUAUGUCACUAGCUGCAACCAGUAAGGUCGAGAAGCUGCAGUAUAAGGACAUUAUCACUCCAAGCUGGCGAGUUGUUGACAUUCAGCCUUUAGAGGGGAGUCCUUUGGAAGAAGGAGAGGCAGAAGACCUAUCAGAUCAGCCUUUUUUUUCAAGGCAUGUGAGAUGUGAAGAAAAGGAAAAAAAAAGGUGGACCUUUUGGGAGGAAAACAGAUGGCACAGACAAAAUAGCAGGUCCUCCAGUAAAAGCUCAGACUGCACUCUGUAUCCUUUACAUUCCCCAUGGAAUUGUACAGCUGGGGCCACUCAGAACAUGCCAUCCACACAAGGGGACUGCACCUGGCAAAGCACAGCUCCCAGUUCAUCUGUCCUAGAGGAGGAUGACCAAGAUGAAAAAUUUAUAUUGCCUUGGAAAAGCAGAAUUUUUCCUUUAGAUGACCAAGAAGUUGAAUCCUUAAAGCCCCAGAAAGUUUCACCGUUUGAGGAACAGACCUCACAGCACAUAAGAACUUUUUCCUGCAGUUCUGCUGGUCGGGUUUAUGAGAAUGCAUCAGGAGCCUCUGCUUGUACCAAAAUUACACCACCUGCUGGAGAUCCACUGCAUGUUCCCAAGGAGAAAAGCCAGACUUCCAGUGGAUGUCAAAAUAGUAUACAGAAUACUGUUUCCUAUGAGGCAGCCAGAAAGCAGAAGGGAUAUCACAGUGAUAUGCUAACAAUGAGCUUGAGAGGAAGAGGACAGCAAGUAGACCAGGAUCAAGCAGCGCUAUACCAACAUGGUUCUAGUAUUCUAACACCUUAGAAGGAAAUGUAUUCAAAUGCAGUUUUAA